CAACACACCCGAACAGACAAAUCCCCAAUUACAAGGACGCACCACCGAAGCGACGCCACCGCUUUAAAAUCCCGCGGCCACCGGACGGAUCGAGCUCCCACUACGGCACGACCCCUCCGGCCCCUCCCCCUCGUCCAUUCCUAGGGUUUCCAACUUCCAGAAGCUUCCACGCGAAUGGCCACCGACGAGCUCGCCGCCGCCCCGGCGGGGGGCGACCCGUCCGCCGCGUUCUCGUUCAGCAUCUGGCCGCCGACGCAGCGCACGCGGGACGCCGUGGUUCGCCGCCUCGUGGAGACGCUCACGACUGACACCGUCCUCUGCAAGCGCUACGGCGCGGUGCCGGGCGCCGACGCCGAUCCCGCGGCGCGCGCCAUCGAGGCGGAGGCCUUCGACGCCGCGGCCGCCACCGGCGGGGCCGCCGCCUCCGUGGAGGAGGGGAUCGAGGCGCUGCAGCUCUACUCCAAGGAGGUGAGCCGCCGCCUCCUCGACUUCGUCAAGUCCCGCUCCGCGGGCGCCAAGGCCGAGGCGCCGCCGUCGGAGGAGGCCCCCGCCGCGGCCGAGGGCGAGGCGGCGUGAGCGCCGGGCAGCCAUUGCGUUUUUUUCUUUUUCUAUUUUCCUGGGAGAAAUUGCAUCAGGAAUUGGUGUCAAGACUGUGCCUUCGGCUUUGGUCUGGUUUGUAUGACUUGAUGUUAGAUGUUUGCACAUCAAUGCAGUUCUUGUUCUUCGAUGAAUAGAUUUUUUUAGCGCGUGCUGUGUCUUGCUUGCAAUUUGUGUAUUUGAGCAAGGAGUAUUUUCCGUUC